GCGGUGUCAGAAUGACCUUUAUUGGAGUAUUUUGACCAGCAGUCGCUGUGGCGGCGACUCCAGCCGCUUUCUUAUAUAUGUCUCCCUGUCACAACAGUCGACCGGGCUUUUAUUAGUGACUCUAAUCGUGUGGGAACCGACAGCUCGUCAACAUGGGAGGAAAUGGAAGCACGACGAGGAAAGUGUCAUUCGGACUGGACGAAGACGAGAAGGUCACAGUAAUUGAAGGAGUGAAGCUCUCAGAGGAUGUGCUCCGGCGGAUGAGGGACUCUCAGGGGUCUGACAGCACCAAGACACCGCCGUCUCCAUCGGACAGCCGUAAAUCACCACCAAGUCCAAAACCAACAGGACCCUCCACUUCAGAAAUACAGGAAGAAAUGCGCAAAAACUUUGAGCGUCAACAGGCCCUGGUGCAGGAGGAGUUGGCCAGACUGGCCCAGAGGGAGAGAGACGCUGCAGCCGCCACAGGCCUGGAUGAGCUGAACCCUGCCCUCAUCUUGGAGAGGGGAAAGGCCCAUGAAGAGCAGGAGAAGGCCAAGAUACUGCCAGCAGAUUUGGAUGCCUGGGCGAAACAACUGGAGAGAAAAGAAAAGGAGCUGGCAAGCAUAUCGAGUUUCUAUAAAGAGCAAUUAGAAACACUGGAGAAAAAGAAUCUUGACAACUACAAGGAAACAGCUGAACAGUACAACCAGGCAGCUACUAAAGCUGAGGCUCACAUCCGGCCCCGGCAGACGGCAUCUUUGUGCACUGAGCUGCAGGCCAAGGUGCUUCAGUGCUACAGAGAAAAUCCACAGCAGACUCUGCAGUGCUCCAGUCUGGCCAAACAGUACAUGACCUGUGUCCAGCAAGCAAAGAAGAGCGCUCUGACGAAUCACGGCUGAGAAACCCACAGAAAGCAGGAGUGAGUGGAGAAGAGGAGAAGAAGUGAAGAAACAGAGAGCAUGUCAAAGCCGUCCAUUUUUUCGCCCUCUCUGUCCUUCUCUUAUCCAUCCAUCCAUUUAUUUAGCCACUGAAUAACCCCCUCCUCUUUUCCAUUCGCCAUCCUUCUUGGUUUUUGAGUGUAUUAUCUUGACUCGUCACUCUAGAGUGUACAAUGUGUUGAUUUAUUGUCAAGUUGUGCCAGCACACCCCUGCCGUCGCUGAAAUAAAUCCCAGUGAUCCAGUGGUGAUGAGA